UCCUUCUCUCUCUCUCGAAACUGCAACACAAAACCUCAGAUAGUGAAAGUGUAAAACCUUAAACCCUCCCCCAAAGUCGGCAAUGGCGAUGAGAGCAGCAGUCAUGGCGGCGAUGGCGCCUCGAGGUUUAAAUCGUCUUUUAUCAACUUCACCAUUCAACUUCAAGCCUCCGCCAUCCUCUAACAAUCCCCCAGAGGCAGAUCCGUCUCCUAACCUCUUCGUCUCCGGACUUAGCAAACGUACUACUACAGAAGGAUUACACGAAGCCUUCUCAAAAUUUGGUCAAGUGGUUGAUGCCAAGGUGGUGACUGAUCGUGUCUCAGGAUAUUCGAAAGGCUUUGGUUUUGUCAAGUAUGCUACUACAGAAGAGGCUACUGUAGGUAAACAGGGCAUGCAUGGUGAGUUCUUGGAUGGUUGGGUAAUUUUCGCGGAGUAUGCAAAACCACGACCACCCGUCACACAACAGCAAUUUGGAAACCCUCCAUUCGGCUCAUAUGGUCAACGAUGAAAUUACUUGGUCUAUUAUUGUUAAUUUUGAUGGGUUGAUCAUUCUUGUCAUGUUCCAUGUAUUAAGAGAAUUUGAUUUGUCUACAACAGUUUAUGAACUAAUUUUGAAAUGAAAUGAAAUGAAAUCCAUCUUUCUACAA